UCAGUCGAGCGCGGCGGUCCCGCCGCCGGUCCCGCUCCCGGGUGUUCCUCGGCAGCCGGAGCGAGCGCUCAGCCCGGACCGGCCCUGUAUGCCGGUGGCUGUGGCUCCCACCGGGCUCUUCCCUUCCUCGCUCCCUUCCUCGCUCCUGCCUGCGGGGCGCCGCUGCCCGGGGGCCAUGGCGGGGGCGCCCGGCGGGCCGUAGGUGUGGAGCUCAGCUCCAACACAAGACUCAUGUGAGCUUGCCACAUCUUGCCUAAUGGCAUAGCUCAUACUUUCACUUCUGUAAGAGAAGAGACUUGGAUUCUUCCUAGUGGCAGUGAUCCUACCCAGUCACUAUCUGGAAGUCUCAAGGUAAUAAGUUAAAUUACUGGGGAACACCAAGAGAAUAAAGUGCUUUGGAGAGAGGACACAUUUUUCACUCCUGAAUUCUUCAGGGCUGGAGUUUCCAUGGGAUACAGAUCAUGUCACUGGACUGCAUUUGGGUAAAGGAUGAGUUCAGUGUUUCUCUGAGGAGUCUUCCAACACAUUUUCCAAAUUACCUUUUAAUGGUGUUCUAACUGAGCUUAUGUGAAACAAAUAGUAUUGAAUCAUGAGUGAAGAAAAAAACUUUGGUGCAUCCCAGAAAAUGUUGUCUCCUUCAAGAAGUACUAGCAGCUGCUCCUCCAAGCAGGGAAGUCGACAGCAGGACAGCUGGGAAAUUGUAGAAGGACUCCGGGGAGCAAUGAAUUGUACCCAGGAGCCACAGAAGCAGGAGGGAUGCUUGCUGAAAAAGAGGAAAUGGCCUCUGAAAGGCUGGCACAAGAGAUACUUCUUUUUGGACAGAGGGAUUUUGAAGUAUUCUAAAUGCCGAGCUGAUAUAGAGAGAGGAAAACUUCAUGGCUGUAUUGAUGUUGGACUUUCUGUCAUGUCUGUAAAGAAAUCAACAAAAUGUAUAGAUUUGGACACAGAGGAGCAGAUAUACCACCUGAAGGUGAAGUCUCAGGAGCUGUUUGAUGAAUGGGUAGCAAAACUUCGCCAUCACAGGAUGUAUCGUCAGAACGAAAUCUCCAUGUUUCCUCAUGACACCAAUAAUAUUUUCUUCCCUGCAUCUACUACUACAGACUCUGUCCCUGGUUUCUGUGAUUCUACUCCAGGUAGAAAGGCAGGCAGCUUGACCAAACAGAAUUCAACAUCAACUGGAGGUAAUUUGUCAUUUUCUUUUUCGAGUAAUGAGUCCAGGAUUUCAUCUUGGCUACAGUCUUCUGAAGACAUGGAAAAAUGCUCAAGAGACCUCUCCAACUGUCACACAUAUUUACUGGAAAUGAACCAACUGUUACAGAGCAUGGAUGUUCUUCACAGGACAUAUUCAGCACCUGCUAUAAAUGCUAUGCAGGUUGGACCUUUUGAAAGCCCAAAGAAGGAAAAGAGAGCACACAGGAGGUGGCGAUCCAGAGUUGUUGGGAAAGAGGCUAAAGGAAUGUUACAGGUGCCUUCAGUAUUUUCUGCCCCUAUGAGACUGCAUGCUUCCAAUCCAAACCUAUCUACAAUAGAUUUUGUAGAGGAGAAAAAUUAUUCUGAUGGCUCUGAAACAUCAUCAGAAUUUACUAAAAUGCAAGAGGACUUAUUUCACGUUGCACAUAAAGUUUACUUCACCUUGAGGUCAGCUUUCAGCACCAUAUCUACAGAGAGAGAAAAGCUGAAACAGAUGCUGGAGUAUGAUGCAUCCUCAUCUCCAUCUGCACAAAUAGUGGGCUUGAAGAAUGCCUUAACAUCUGCAAUAGCACAAAACACAGAUCUUAAAGACCGGUUACGCAGAAUUCAUGCCGAAUCUAAGAUCAUUGAUUCAGCAUCUAAUGCAAAAUCGAGCCCAGAUUUGGCGAAGGAAAAUUCAAGAGAAGAAGGCAGAGGUCUGGUUCACCAGGUCUCCAAUGAAAGCAGACUGUCUAUCGCUGACUCUCUCACAGAAUUUUUUGAUGCACAGGAAGUCCUGCUGUCUGCUAGUUCUUCAGAAAAUGAGGUAUCAGAUGAUGACUCAUAUGUAAGUGAUAUCAGUGAUAAUGUCUCAGAAGAUAACCUAAGCAAUGACAUGGAGAAUGAAAGACAAACUUUAGAUUGUAUUUCUGAAAGUGGAAUUGGAUGCAAUUCUAAACGGAGAACAUGUUUGCCAGCUCCAUGUCCUAACACAAGUAACAUCAGCCUGUGGAAUAUCCUGAGGAAUAACAUAGGAAAGGAUCUGUCCAAAGUGGCCAUGCCUGUUGAGUUAAAUGAGCCACUAAACACCCUGCAGCGCCUCUGCGAGGAGCUGGAGUACAGCGAGCUCCUGGAUAAAGCAGCACACACACCAAACCCCUUUGAGAGGAUGGUGUACAUAGCUGCCUUUGCAGUGUCUGCCUAUGCAUCCAGUUACUACAGAGCUGGAAGUAAACCAUUUAAUCCUGUGCUUGGAGAAACCUAUGAAUGUAUUCGUGAAGAUAAGGGUUUCCAGUUCUUUGCAGAACAGGUCAGUCACCACCCACCCAUUUCUGCAUGCCAUGCUGAAUCUGUGAAUUUUGCUUUUUGGCAAGAUGUCAGAUGGAAAAACAAAUUCUGGGGGAAGUCCAUGGAGAUUGUUCCAGUUGGCACAACACAUGUAACUCUUCCAGCUUUUAAAGACCAUUUUGCAUGGAACAAAGUGACAUCCUGCAUCCAUAACAUUUUAAGUGGGCAAAGAUGGAUUGAACACUACGGAGAGAUCAUCAUAAAAAAUCUUAAUGAUGACACGUGCCACUGCAAACUGACUUUCAUAAAGGCAAAGUAUUGGAAUCCAAAUGCACAUGAGAUUGAAGGCAGUGUCAUGGAUAAAUCUGGGAAAGUUGUGCAUCGACUCUUUGGGAAGUGGCAUGAAAGUUUAUACUGUGGGACAACUUCAUCUUCAAACUGCAUAUGGAGAGCAAAUCCAAUGCCUAAAGAUUAUGAACAGUGGUAUGGAUUUACACAAUUUGCACUGGAGUUAAAUGAACUGGACCCACAAACUAGGUCAUUCCUCCCAUCCACUGAUACACGUUUUAGGCCAGACCAAAGGUGUCUAGAAGAAGGGAAUAUUGAAGGAGCUGAAAUACAAAAGCAGAGGAUCGAGCAGCUACAGAGAGAACGACGGAAAGUGCUAGAAGAAAACAAUCUAGAGCAUCAGCCUAGAUUUUUCAGGAAAUCCAGUGAUGACUCCUGGGUGAGCAAUGGAACCUACAUGGACCUUAGAAAAGAACCUGGUUUUUCCAAACUGGACAAUCCUGUCCUCUGGUAAAAGAGGAGCUAAGUGAAGAUAUUCUGUGCUGUAUUUUUGGAUCUGAUUUAAAAGACACAUAUAUAUAAAAAAUAUAACUAUAUAUCUAUAUCUAUAUAUAUAUACACACAUAUAUAUAUACACACUCACACAGAAUGUGUGUGGUGUGUGCAUAUGUGCAAAUGUUCAUAUCUCCAGAAUUGUGCUUAAUUUAGAAUCUGAUAAUUUGUUUCCUUUACUCAACUACUGCAGUGAUUGUUUGAAUGUAUAAAUAUCCUAACUUCUUUUUAUAAAAUAUUUAAUAAAUAGUACUGAAUGUUAACAGAUGGAAAAGAGAGGAGCUUUUGCACUACUUUUUCAAUGUGUAAUAAUGUCAGUUCUGAGUUAAAUUAUGCCUUACUGAAUUGCAUUGGAGACAGUAGCAUCAGCAUCUCCUAGCUGUGCUGAGGAAUCAGAGUGCAAGCCUUAGUAACUCAAACUUCCAGAGGCAGGCUUCCAGAGCGCAAUGAGUAGUUUAGCUGUCUCUGGGCUGGUAUAAAUUGCUAGAACAGAUUAUCAGCUGGUGCUGAAAUCUGGCUGUGAUCUUUUGCUGUCUAUAGGAAAGAUUUAAGUAAGCUUUUGUUUCUAUUAACUUUCUUCUUAGCUUUAUGGAAGAGGUAGUUCUGAGCUUACAUUGGUGGUUCUACUGCCUUAUACAUAAACUUUACCCGAUUAAAUGUAGUGCUAGAAAGUCAGGAAUCGCCAAAAUUUUCCACUGGGAAAAAUUUUCACUUUAAAUUUAUAGCCCCCAAUAGGGCAAGAGGAGGAGAUCAUUUGUAUAUACUAUGCUUGAACACUGACUAGAUGAAGAAGCUCUCUCUUUUUCCAGUAAGUAAAACCUUAUACAGAGCACGAAAUCCUGUGCUUCCAUAGUUUCAUUUGUUUUUAUUCACUUGAAAAUUGCAACAGUAAGACUUUUUAAAAAGUUAGCAAAUUGAUUGUUUUAAGCUAGAAGUUUUUUCCUAGUAUUUUGAUAUUUUCUACCUCUUAAGAAAUAACAUAUUUAAGAUCUUAUAUUUAAAAAAUUACCAUCUGCCUUAUGGAGAAGUGUAUGGAGUCUUUGAUCUUCCUCUGUCUGUUAAGUUCAGAUAAAUAUUUAAAUGUCUUGCACUAAAUCAAUUACAUCCCUUUCCUGUAAUUUUGUACGUAUGGCUCCAUUUGUGAAGCUACUAAACCAUAGGUCAGAAAUUUAGCAGGGAACAAAUGUAGCAGAAGCCUCUUUUGAAUGAACAUUAUAGAGAUGGGCAGUAUUUCUGGGGUUUUUUCCAUCAAAUCACAAUGCUAUAGUCAUUUAUAGAACAACUUUCAUUCCCACAUAUCUGCAACCCAAGCCUGAUCCAUGAUUCUUCAAAUCUGUUCUGUGUCUGCAGCUCUCUGGCAGCAGUGCAGUUUUCUACAUGACAGAUCUGCAUCCUGUCACCACAUCCUUUUCUUUUCUUUACAUGCCACUGUAAAACACGAAACAAACCCAAAUGCUGGCGUGUUAAGUUGGCUUAUGACUGGAACAACUGGACAUGGCAUGGAUAAAGUAGACUCCUAGGAGGACAGACUAAUCGCUUAGAAAAGCUUGCACUUUACUGUAAUUGUGCUGCAUUGUUCUAGAGAAAAUCUAUUAAAAAAUGGAUCCAUGUAUUAUAUGUAACAUGAAGGAAAUACUAUGAAGGUUUUAAAUUUUAAACAAAAUCUGUGGUGUCAGAAUACAUGUAUAUUUGAACUUUGUUUUCUGUUACCUUGAAGCCUCAUUGUCUCAGAGGCAGAUGAAUACUUUUUCACCAUUUUUCAUUUUGCCCAGGAUCUCUGCCUCACAAUAAUUUCCAUAAUUUAUUACCAAAGAAGUUAGCAUAAUUAUAUCUAAUUAAUAUGUCUUUGAAAAACUUGACUACCCUGCCAGCAGCUUGCAACAAGGCAAAGUUCACACUUAUAUGAAGACAGAAUCUGGGCUUUGAUUCCAAGGGAAAUCUUAAACUUUGGGGGCUAUUUGGCUUUUCAAGAAAAAUGAGGUUCUUUUCAUUACUUCUUCCCUUCCUGUCUUUUAUCCUUGUAUUAACUGUCAAAACCUGGUACAGAAAUGAGUUGAUAAUUGCAAUUAUCCUUGAUGUUGGUAAUUACAAUUUAUACUAAAAAUAAGGUUCAUUUAAAAACAAAAGAGGGUAGAGGAAAUAAAAGCUUUUAAGAAAAGGAGUAAAAUUUGUGGAGGCUGCAGUAAGCUUGCUCAUUGUCAUAUUAGGCAGCUACUGAUCUGAUUGCUGGGUUUGUAUAUUCUAUGUCUGGAGGGGAUUCCCCAUGCAGGUAUUAAACAAAACAAAUCUCAUAUGGGGUAUUUGAGUCAUGAUUUUUGAGAAAUCAGAUUUCCAGUGCCAAGUCUGGUUUCUCUAACGCUCCAAACUGUCCGAAAUACAUGGGAUUAAUGACAAGAAGCAUUGGGCUGAGCAGUGCCUUAUAUAAAAACUUCUUCUUAAAAAUUUCUGUAUCAAGAAAGUAAACUCCAGAAUUAUAGCAUUGUCUCCAUAAAAAUGCCUGAGAAUAAUCCAGGACAUUUCUUAAAUGCAUGAAGCAAAAUCAUUGAACAAGUAAUUGCUCCUUUUGUAAAUCUGUAUUACACACCUCCAAACAGUGUAACUAGUUGUGAAUGAUCCUCUGAUCCCACAUUUCCAACUGCAGUAUAGUUUUCCCUGCUUACUUUUGUAUGAAACAAUUGGGUUUACUUGUUAAACUUCUGUUAAUUGUAUAUUAGAAGUGGAAGAAAUUUGUCUUGAUGUUAGUUCUGUGUAUUUCUGCAUGUAAAUAUAUUCAACAUUCACAAACUUAA